ACAUGCUAUAUAAACUUCACGCCAUUCGAAGUGAUAAAAUAUGGGUUUGAAAUUACCGUCUUCCAGAUACCAACGUUUCUCAGAGAACCGUAAUGUGUUCCGUCGACUAUGGGACAAUUUCCCCGGGUUGGGAUCUACAGCGUUGGCUGUUGCAUUGGUGAUUGCCCUUGCCGUUGGUGUGUGGUGGGUGGUGUGCGGUGCCUUGGGAACUUCAUGGGGUGACCAUCAUUACAAGAAAUUAUGGGAACGGGCACAUCCGGAUAAUAUAAAGAAACCAUUAUCGCCGAUUCCAUUUGAAAAGCCACCAGUGACUGAGUAUACAAACUCAAACCGCUACCAUGACCAUAACAACCUAUCAACGAAGAACAAGAACGUCAGUGCUGAAGUUCCUAAGAAGAAGGAGGCAUUGAAGAAAUAUUACAAUACAAUCCCGCUGGAGAAGAUGGAUCAAGUUUGUGGAAAUGUUUCUGUGAAAAUGAGAUUUGAUUGCUCACCGGGUGCUGGACAGGAUGUAUGUGAGAAAAGAGGUUGUUGCUGGCGGCCCACAAAAGUGCGAGGGGCUCCCUUUUGCUAUUAUCCUCCUCAAUACAACACCUUCCGAUUCCUUAACAUGACUGAGAACAAACACGGCAUGCGCGUCUACUACGAACGUUGGCGUCCUUCUGGAUACCCCGACGAUUGGACUUAUGCUGUGGUCGACUUUAAAUAUCUGAGCGAGGACAUGCUACGAAUCAAGAUUUACGAUCCAGAGAACAAGCGCUUCGAAGUGCCCGUUCCGCAAGUGCCGAUAGUGUCUGGUCCCAUCUGGAACAUGAAAUUCAAGGUGGUCGUAAAUAGUUCCGGUGUAGGCUUCAAGGUCGUGAGGCUUCUCGACGCAGUUCCUAUUAUAAACAUGCAAGAUAUAGGCGCAUGGAUACUGUCAGACAAAAUGCUGCAAGUGUCAUUCAAGAUUCCUACUCAUCACGUGUUCGGUAUCGGCGAACAUCGCGUACGUUUUGAGCGCGACAUGAACUGGAAGACGUACACCUUGUUUAAUAGAGACAUCAUGCCCAUGGAUAACAUGAACUUAUACGGAUCGCAUCCGUUUCAUAUGGCUGUCGAAAUAACCGGAAAAACGAGUGGAAUGCUGCUUCAUAACUCCAAUGCUAUGGAUGUGGUCUUCCAGCCGACGCCGGCAAUAACGUACAGAAGCACCGGCGGUGUGUUGGACUUUUUUGUGUUCGUCGGCCCUACGCCUAAAGACGUCAUCUCUCAACUCACCACCAUAAUAGGGAGGCCUUUCAUGCCACCUUACUGGUCACUUGGAAUGCAUCUUUGCAAGUAUGGCUACAAAGAUUUGAACUACACUAGAGCUGUCUGGAAGAGGAACCGAGAAGCUGGCAUUCCUUUUGACGUACAAUGGAACGACAUAGACUAUAUGAAGAAUAGCAACGACUUCACAAUAAACCCGGAGAGGUUCUCUGAUCUGCCUAAAUUUGUAGAAGAAGUACACAACGCGGGCAUGCAUUACGUUAUGUUGUUUGAUCCGGGUGUGAGCGCAGCAGAGAAACCAGGAACAUAUCCUCCAUUCGACCGCGGACUCGAUAUGGAUGUGUUCGUAAAAAAUCGCACCAACCAGCCGUUCAUUGCAAAGGUAUGCAAAAUUGAACAUAGGGCGCAU